UUUUAAUACUUGCAUGCUGGGUUUAUCACAUAAACGGCAUUUAGAGGUGUUACCGAAUGAGUGAAGCUGCAGGAUAAGUGCUUAUAUUUCGGUGCAAAACGUUAUGAAACAAACUGCUGGCUAAGAAGGAAAACCAGCACAAGUGCAUUAUCUGCUCCAUACCUGGGUCUGUGGUUGUGCAGUUAUUUAUUGCUAAGAGGCUCACCGUCCGGGCAGACUGGUUUGCAUGCUGCAAAAACAGGGAGCAGACAGCUCGUGGUCAGAGUAGCUUACCGAUGGGAAUAGCUGACAAACCUCUAACUCGGUGUUCCUGGAUAUAUCUGGGAAGGUAGCAUAAUGGAGUGAAGGUUAUAACAAACGCAUGCAGAAUGAAGGUAUUAAAGCGGUUUGAAAAGGGACAGGACAUCUGAAGGUGGUCUGUAGCCAGCCCGAUUGGGACGAAAAAUGUGGAUCUAAAGGGAGGCUGAAGUGUGGGAACAGAAUGGUCGGUGAAGGAAAUGAUCCAGAUGAUAUGAGUGAACAGAAGACUUGAGAACGUCUAAAACAGGAAACCAUGGCUCUUAUUUGAGGGGGGGGGAUAGGGCUGCGGUGGUUUUAUGCGGACGGCUAAUGGUAGACUGGAGAAUUGGCUUAAGAAGUCAGUCCCUGUUCUAGCUAAAACCAGGGUAAAACUUUACAAAUGGAGGGUUAAAGACUACUCCUGAUCAAUGCCAAAGUGCAGCAGACGAGCAACAGGGGUACCACUGCAGGACGAUCAGGCCAAGAUAAAAAAGUGUGGUCAUGAAGAAGGGGCUGUUGCAGCUACUAUACUGCAGAUUGAGCUAGCUGGAAAAGAGUUGGGAGCUUGAAUGCAGAUUGGAAGCAUCACCGUCAGUGCAGCAACGCCGGCUCCAGGGAGAGGACAGCUGAUUGGGGUACACUAAAGCCAGGCUUGGCGGCUGCAGCUGCCCACCGCUGCGGAAGGCUGAGGCGGCACAGGGAUGGGCUGCGCUCCCAGCAUCCACGUCUCCCAAAGCGGCGUCAUUUACUGCCGGGACUCGGACGAGUCCAACUCCCCGCACCAGACCACCACGAUCUCCCAAGGGACUGCGGCCACCUUACACGGCCUCUUCAUCAAGACAGACGCGGCCGACUCCAUCCCUUCAGUGCUCGCCUACCAGAGUAGGCACACCCGCACCAACUCCCGUCGGGAUCGCCGGGAUAACAGCGGCGGGAGUCACUGCUGCAUCGAGGCGGAGACCCAGACCAGCCACACCAGUGUUAAGGAUAAUGGGGGAGCAGAAGCAAAUUCCGACACUCAAUCGACACGAGGCAUAGAAGUUACCCUGAAGACUUCAGCAACAGAAAUACGAUUUGGGCCUAUGAGACUGACACAAGAACCUAUUCAGGUUCUGUUGGUUUUUGCUAAGGAAGACAGUCAGAGUGAUGGCUUUUGGUGGGCAUGUGACAGAGCUGGAUAUAGGUGUAAUAUCGCACGAACACCAGAAUCGGCACUUGAAUGUUUUCUAGACAAACAUCAUGAAAUCAUCAUCAUCGAUCAUAGAAAUUCACGGUAUUUCGAUGCUGAAGCAAUAUGCAGGUCAAUACGUGCCACAAAGCCGUCAGAGCACACCGUAAUAUUGGCUGUAGUUUCACAAGUUGCUGGUGGCCAGGAAGAACCGUCAGUCCUUCCCCUUCUUAAUGCAGGUUUUAAUAGGAGAUUUCUAGAAAAUGGUAAUGUGACAGCUUGCUACAAUGAAUUAAUUCAAAUAGAACAUGGAGAAGUUUGUUCACAGUUCAAACUACGAGCAUGUAAUUCAAUUUUUGUUGCACUGGAACACUGCCAAGAAGCAAUAGAAAUCACCAGUGAAGAUCAUGUGAUACAAUAUGUUAAUCCAGCCUUUGAACGCAUGAUGGGAUACCAGAAGGGCGAGCUAUUAGGUAAAGAAAUUACAGAGUUGCCGAAAAGUGAUAAAAACCAAGCAGACCUGCUAGACACAAUCAAUACAUGCAUAAAAAAGGGAAAGGAAUGGCAAGGAAUCUAUCAUGCCAGGCGGAAAUCGGGUGACAGUAUACAGCAGCACGUACGGAUUACACCUGUGAUUGGGCAAGGCGGGAAAAUAAGGCAUUUUGUAUCCAUAAAGAAAUUAUACAGCGACAACAAUAAACAGGUUUACAAGAGCCAUCGAGAUGAGAAAUACUCAGGAGAGAAUUCUCAGUCAGAUUCAUUCAGACACAAAGACAGAAGGAAAGAGUCUGUUGAUGUCAGAUCAAUAACAUCACGCAGCAGUGAUGCACCAAGUUUACAAAACCGUAGGUAUUCCUCCAUGGCACGCAUCCACUCCAUGACCAUCGAAGCUCCCAUCACAAAGGUUAUAAACAUAAUAAACACUGCCCAGGAAAACAGCCCUGUGACUGUAGCUGAGGCCUUGGACCGAGUCCUGGAAAUCCUGCGGACAACUGAGCUCUACUCUCCUCAGCUGGGAACCAAAGAUGAUGACCCGCACACCAGCGAUCUUGUGGGAGGUCUGAUGACUGAUGGCUUACGGAGGCUUUCAGGAAACGAAUAUGUGUUCUCUAAGAAUAUGCACUACAGCCACAGCCAUCUUUCCAUGCCAAUCACCCUCAGCGAUAUCCCUCCACGCAUUGCACAAGUGCUCGAUAAUGAAGAAGGCUGGGAUUUCAACAUUUUUGAACUGGAGGCUAUUACUCACAAACGGCCACUAGUUUACCUCGGUCUGAAGAUCUUUGCUCGCUUUGGAGUUUGUGAAUUUCUGGACUGCUCAGAGGCAGCACUUCGAUCUUGGCUCCAAGUUAUUGAAGCAAAUUACCAUGCAUCAAACUCAUACCAUAAUUCCACCCACGCAGCAGAUGUCCUGCAUGCCACAGCAUACUUCCUUCGACAAGAACGUGUAAAGGGGUGCUUGGACCAGUUAGAUGAAGUAGCUUCUUUAAUUGCUGCUACAGUACAUGACGUGGACCACCCAGGAAGGACCAACUCAUUCUUAUGCAAUGCAGGAAGUGAACUGGCCAUUCUAUACAAUGACACUGCCGUGCUAGAAAGCCAUCAUGCAGCCCUGGCAUUCCAGCUGACAGCUAAAGACAAUAAGUGCAAUAUUUUCAAAAAUAUGGAAAGGAACCAGUAUCGAACAUUACGGCAAGCUAUUAUCGACAUGGUUUUGGCGACAGAGAUGACAAAGCACUUUGAGCAUGUGAACAAGUUUGUGAACAGCAUCAAUAAGCCGAUGACAGCAAUUGAAGAAACUAAUUCAAACAGUGAAGGAAGUGACUGUGAUUUCCCUGGAAACCUACAGAAUUCUCCGGAGAAUAGACUUCUAAUUAAACGUAUGCUGAUUAAGUGUGCUGAUGUGGCAAAUCCAUGCCGAUCUCUGGAUCUCUGUAUUGAAUGGGCAGGAAGGAUCUCAGAAGAGUAUUUUGCACAGACAGAUGAAGAGAAGAGGCAAGGUUUGCCAGUGGUAAUGCCAGUGUUUGAUCGGAAUACUUGCAGCAUUCCAAAGUCUCAGAUAUCUUUCAUUGACUAUUUCAUUAUGGACAUGUUUGAUGCAUGGGACGUAUUUGCACAUCUACCAAAUCUAAUGCAGCAUUUAGCAGAAAACUACAAAUACUGGAAAAUGCUAGAUGAACUAAAAUGUAAGAGUUUGAGGCUUCCACCAGACUUUAAAAGUUAACAGACACUGGAAGGAAAGGACAACAAUGAUCAUCAGACUUCACUGUGAAUACUUUUAUAAGACAAUUACUGAAGGGGUCAGGAUCAUUAUUUAAAAUGACUGGAGAACUAUGUUGUUGUCCUGAAUUAACAAAGGUCAAGUUCUUAAAUUUUCACUUUUGUCACCUAUGAUAUUGUCAACCUACACUUUUCGAGCUACCAUCACAAUCAGAAUAGAAUAUCUGGAAUGCAUUUGAAAUGCAUUUUCAUAAAUGUGGAGGACUCCUGAAGAUAUUUGCUUAUUCUGGUGUUCUUCAGUAUGGUGUACUAGUCUAAAACUGACACAUGGAAGCUCUAUGUGAUCAUCCAAACAUACAUCAUUCUACAGUAAAAGUUGCAUUGCACAGAAGAAAACUAAAGCUACUACAUUAUUACCCCAGCCUUCAAAUGAAGACAAACGAACACAUAUUUGUUUUUUUUUGCAAAAAACUGAGUGUUUUGUACAGUUUACACUUCUACUAAUCUACAGUCAAGAAGCAAAAACCUGCAUAGAACAUAUUUCAUAUCCUACAAAAAAAGCCAUCUCUUCUAGGUAUUUAAACCUGUAGUUUUAGCUAUUUAAAAAGUGUAUGUAUUCUGUAAAUUAAAGGUGUUGGUGUAUAAAUGAAACCUUGUGACACUGACACAUUUUUUGUGAUGUGCAAAGUAUGUAUUUAUCUGUUAAGCCUUUUUUAAUGAUUCCCAAAGUGAACCCUGUAGUCCUUAACGAAGAUGUAAAAAAGUCAUUAUGUAAUGUAUGUACAUUAAUUACUAAAAUUGUUUGGAUUUUUAUCAUUGAAGUUUAGUACCAAAUGAUUUUAAUUAUAUUAUAAACUUCCCUAAGCACAAAAAGCAUAUUUUUGUACAUUGUGCAUAUUAUCACACUUUAAUUUUUUUGGUAUAUAAAAAAACCUGAACUUGUAGCAGUCCACUGAAAAGGAAAAGAACCAUGAAGGAGUAAAAUACUGAGGAAACAAGUUAAAUUUCUUAAUAAGUAAUUUUUACCUCUAAUGUUUUGUGAGUUAUUUUAAAAGUAUUAAACUUUAAGAACUACUCUAUUUUUACGCAAUGCACUACUGAAUAUAGCUUCAAUGGUUAUGAUGUACAGUGUAUUCUAAGAUGCACAUUGAUAUUAUUAUUGUAAAUAUAAACACCUUGGCCUUUUGCAUCACUACUGUGAUGUUUCCACAGUAUGCAGGGUGAAAGGAAAUUAUUUAAAUCAAUUACUGCAGGUGGAAUUGAUUGUAAUUUACUAUUGAUAAGUCUACAUUAUGUGCCAACAGUUUUUCUAUAUUUUGUACUGAACUGAGUAAGCAAACAUAUGAACAGAACCACAUAAUUUCCAUGCAAAGAAGUGUACAUAAGCUAUAUUUUUGUUAGACUUGUAAUAGAUCCAUACUUUGUCAUAGCUAAAGCAAAGAAACUGCACUGUUAUAUUCUGUUAUACUGCUGCAUUGUGUAUGUUGGACAGACCUGCGUUUGUGUUUGUAAAAACUACAUUAACAUAUGUAUAAAAAGACCACGAGUUAAAUUAGAAUCAAGCAAUUUCAUCUUUUCAGCUUCAACUACUAAUCCACCUCCCUGUCGUAAUGCACUAUAAAGGUUUUUGACAUCUUAAAUCCCAGCUGUAUAAGUAUCUGUCUAAGAAACUGUAUUAUUAGUACACUCAAAAUCUAAUGGUCCUGUAUUCUCUGUACGAACUGUUAUGUGCAUGCUGUGUAAAUGAAAUAAGCCCUCUAUCAUCUUUUUAGAUAAACAUGACAGAUAAUUUUAUUAAUUUAGUCUGCAAUGUGAUCACAGCUUUUAUUUCAGUCCAAACAUAAUUGUUAAAACACCAUUCCUCUAAUAAGCAUUUGUAAGUUAUAUUUACUUGAAGCAGUACCUAGAUACAACAUGAAGUGGAUACAUUAAAAUAGAUAAAACUGUAAAAGGGAGCUCUUUAAUUUUCUAACUACAUAUCAUUCCUCUGUCGUUGGAACAUGAUGUGAAGGAAAUGCAUUAUGAUUUGAGAAAUGUUCAUUAUGUGUAAAAUUCUCAGGAUUAAUAACCUGUUCCCAUGACUACUUACACCAACGCUAGUGUAUACUGUAAAUGGACAAGAACUUUACUUCACAAGUAAACUAUGAAUCAAACAUUUUGCUACGUAAGUGGUACUUCUAAGUAAUUUAAACAAACUAUAUUUAUGCUCAGCACAUAUUUUUGACCUAAAUAAAUCCGUGAACAGCAA